CACUGACGAAAAACCGGAGAAAAAAGAAGCAAGAAUUUUAUUAGACUUCUGAGCACAACUUGCACUUAUUUGAGUUCGUGUUUUUUUUUGUGUGUGCGAAAAUUCGAGAAUAUUAAUAGUGAUGGCGGCCCCAAUACAACAUGAAGAUUUGCUUAAGCUGAAGAGUUUCAUCGAGUUUGUGAACACAAAUCCAACGGUGUUGAAUAUGCCGCAACUGCAGUUUGUGAAGGAUUUCGUGGAGAAGUUCGGCGGCAAGGUGCCCGAUGGUGACUUCAAGAUGCCCGAAGCGGGCAGCAAAUGUCCAUUUGGUGGCGAUGCUGGCGGUGCCAAAGCAAAGCCGGCUGCUGAUGCUUCUUCAGCUAAGGCCGAUGAGGAUGAUUCCGAGGAAAGCGACUCCAAUGAAUCGGAGCCCGAAUCAGACAUUGAACUUGAUAUGGAAGGCGUCAUUGAAGCCGACAAAGAUGCUGCCCAGCCUAUGGGGGAUUCGUCCAAAGAGCCGACGGAAGAGGAAAUCGAUCAGGCUGGCGAUUUGCGUUCCCAGGCAGCUGCCGCCUAUGGCGAACAGAAAUUCGAUGAGGCCAUUAGCUUCUACAGCAAGGCCAUUGAACUCAAUCCGGGCAAUGCUUUAUUCUAUGCCAAGCGUGGACAGGCAUUCCUCAAGCUGAAGAAACCAAAUGCCUGUAUUCGCGACUGCGACAAGGCUCUUGAACUUAACUGCGAUUCGGCGGCCGCCUAUAAGUUCCGUGGACGUGCCCAUCGCUUGUUGGGCGAGUUCGAGAAGUCCGCAAAGGAUUUGCGUCAGGCAUGCAAACUGGACUUCGAUGAGGAGGCCGAUGAGUGGCUGCGCGAAGUCACACCGAAUGCCCAGAAGAUUGAGCAGCAUCGCAUCAAGCAGGAACGCAAGCAGGCGGAGCGUGACAUCAAGAAUCGCCAGCGUGCUCAGAGUCGUGCUCGCAAGGAGCAAGCCAAGCAACAGAGUGCUGCGGGUGGCUCGUUCCCUGGCGGUUUCCCAGGUGCUGGUGGUUUCCCUGGAGCUGGUGGUUUCCCUGGCGCAGGUGGAUUCCCAGGUGCUGGCGGCUUCCCUGGCGCUGGAGCUGGUGGCAUGCCGGCUGGCUUUGAUAUGGGCGAUUUGAUGUCGAAAAUGAAGGAUCCUGAAGUUGCUGCGGCCAUGGAGGACAUUUUGGGCGAUCCGGCCAAAUUCUCCAAAUACAUUGGCAACCCUAAGGUGUCCAAUUUGAUGAAGACCUUCUUCCCGGGCGGAUUCCCCGGUGGCGAAGGAGCUGCUGGAGCAGCUGCCAGCGAUGCUGCUGGUAACAAUUCGAAUCCUUCGGGCAGCGAUGCGGAGGGCAAGUCAUCAACAAACAGCAGCGAGGCACCAAAGCCCAAAAAGCAGGCGGACUUUGUGGAUGAUGGACUCGACUAGAAAGUGUACACAGCUUGGCAACAGCAGCAACACAACAACAAUAACAAUUACAAUCGAAACAUUUACCAAAAACAAUUGCACACAUAUAAACAAAAACAAACAAAGAAACACAUGAAAAAGAGCAAGACAGCAAGCAAAGAAACACACUAAAGAGAAAAGGAUAGCUAAAGGAAUGGGAAAAGACUUUAAAUGUAACAACAACAAAAACAAAAAACAAUUUGAAUAAUUUGAAAUGUUGCGUUGCGUUGCGCUGCUGUUUGUUGAUGAACAGCGUUAACUUUGCCAUAACACAAAGAAUACGACAGAAAAAAAUU